UAAUGCAAAAUGGAACCGAGGCCUGAUUUUUAGGCCUGAAAUCAGGAAAAGUCGUGAAGCAAACUACGAUCACUCGUGAAACAUUUGUAUGGACAUGGAAGAGGCCUAGUAAUUGUAAAAAUGACUUGAUUUUGAACCACAUAUAUUUACUGCAAAAGCUGGAGGGUCAGUAGUAUCCAAGUUAUGUCCAAGUUUACAUCGAUUGAUCGGCUCGAAGGGUCGUCAAAUGAGGUUGGUGGCCUAAUUAUUAAGAAAAAGAAAACAGGAGAUCAAGGAGAAAACAGAGAGUUCAAGCGUCCUUCGGAAAGCCGUCUUGGUUUAAAGAGACUUGCAGAGGAAAAGAGGAAACAGAAAGAUGAAGAGGCGAGGAUAAAAGAAGCGGGGGAAGAGUAUUCGAGGUAUAAAGAUGAAAAAGAAGAGAGUGAUUCUUACAGCGAAAAGAGGUAUAAAAAAGAUGGACGUCAUUACAGGGCAUAUAAACCCGAGACUCCAUCACAUCCUGGUGGGGUAAAUAAAGAGGCACAAGCAAGGAUAAAAGAGAGGUAUGAAAGAAGUAGGGAUAAGGGGGUUUAUGCAGACAGUAGAGAUAAUAAAAGGAAAAAGGGUAGAACAGAGGCAAGAACUGAUGAAGACUCUGCAGCAUCAAGGUACUACAAAAAGAGAGAAAAAGAAAUGAAACGUGAUUCAGAAAGACGCAAAGGUGAUAAAAGAUCUGAAAAAGAUUAUGGAAGGCAUUCAAGUACAAGAAGAGGAUAUGAGCAGUGGGAGGAUACCCCAAGUAGAAGUAGGCGAUCUGGUAGUGAUGGCAAUGAAAGUACUCCAAGAAUAAGUUCUAGAGAGAUCAAAACACCAUCACGUAGCACCUGGGAUGAUGAAACUCCUGGCAAGUCAAAGUGGGACAUAGAGUCACCUAGAUACUCCAGCUCUUCAGAAAGAAAAGAGAGAAGGAUGCCUGCAGAUGGGGAAACACCAAGGUUCACCCCAACUCAUAAGUAUAAUGCUUGGGCUGAUGACAAAAGAAAACUUGGUACAACUCCAGGGUCUAUUAGAAGAGGCAGAAGAAGAGAUUCAGAUGAGGAUGAUGAUGAUGGAAAACUUCCAAAUCAGGAUAAGCAACAAUGGGAAGAAGAGCAGAAGAAACUUGACCGUGCUUGGUAUGACAUGGAUGCUGGCUACGAUGAAAACUCAAAUCCUUUUGCAAAUGUAUCAGAAGAAUAUGCCAAGAAAAGAGAGGAAGCCCUUAAGAAACAAAGACAGAAGAAAAUAUCUGCCAGGGCGAGACAAGUUAGAAAGGAUAACGAGCUUUGGGAGACAAAUCGUUUACUAACGAGUGGAGUCGUUCAGCGGACAGAGUUCGAUGAAGACUUUGAUGAGUCCGAUGAGGCCAAAGUCCAUCUCCUUGUUCAUAAUAUUGUCCCCCCAUUUCUAGACGGCAGGUUCAUUUUUACUAAGCAGCCUGAACCUGUAAUACCAAUAAAGGACCCUACCUCAGAUAUGGCAACUGUCGCACGCAAAGGAUGCCAUGUCGUCAGGUUGCACAGGGAACAAAAAGAGCGGCUAAAGGCCCAAAAGAAGGAAUGGGAGCUUGCGGGAACAAAGCUUGGCAAUAUCAUGGGGAUCAAAAAGAAGGAUGAAGACGAUGAGGAUAAGAACAAGAACGAUGUUGAUUACAAGUCCAGUCAGCGUUAUGCUGACGUAAUGAACGAUCAAAAUGAGGGUGUCAGUGACUUCGCAAGGAAGAAAUCACUUAAAGAGCAGAGGGAGUUUCUUCCUAUAUUUGCAGUCCGCCAAGAGCUAUUACGUAUCGUGAGAGACAAUAACAUUGUCGUUAUUGUUGGAGAAACUGGAUCAGGAAAGACAACGCAGCUCACCCAGUAUAUGCACGAGGAUGGAUAUACAAAAUAUGGUAUGAUAGGGUGCACUCAGCCUCGUAGGGUUGCUGCAAUGUCAGUUGCGAAGCGUGUCAGCGAAGAAAUGAAAGUACACCUAGGCGAUGAAGUUGGAUAUGCAAUUAGAUUCGAAGAUGUAACGAAUGAGAAAACAAUGAUAAAAUACAUGACGGAUGGGAUUUUGCUGCGUGAAUCAUUAAAAGAGGCUGAUUUGGACCAUUACAGCGUGAUUAUUAUGGACGAAGCACACGAAAGAUCCCUGAACACGGACGUUCUGUUUGGCCUUUUACGAGAGGUUGUUGCUCGUAGAAAUGACCUUAAGCUCAUAGUUACUUCGGCUACUAUGGAUGCUACUAAGUUUUCGAAUUUCUUUGGAAAUGUUCCUGUUUAUACGAUCCCCGGUCGUACAUUUCCUGUUGAUGUUUUGUACAGCAAGACUACGAUCGAUGACUACGUAGAUGGAGCUGUCAAACAAGCACUUCAGAUCCAUUUGACGCCAACAAAAGGCGAUAUACUGAUAUUUAUGCCAGGACAAGAAGACAUUGAAGUUACGUGUGAUUUGAUUUCAGAGCGACUGGCAGAAGUUGACGAAGCACCCCCGUUGGCUGUCUUGCCUAUCUACUCUCAACUUCCAAGUGAUCUGCAAGCGAAAAUCUUCGAAAAAGCCCCGGAUGGCGUACGAAAAUGCAUCGUAGCCACGAAUAUUGCAGAAACAUCUUUGACUGUCGAUGGUAUCAUGUUUGUUGUUGACGCUGGUUAUUGCAAGUUGAAGGUGUUCAAUCCGAGAAUUGGCAUGGACUCUUUGCAAGUAUUCCCCAUUAGCCAGGCGAACUCUAAUCAAAGGUCCGGCAGAGCUGGGAGGACUGGACCCGGGCAAGCAUUUCGACUAUAUACCGAGCACCAAUACAAGGAAGAAAUGUUGCGAACGACUGUCCCUGAGAUUCAGCGAACAAAUUUGGCAAACGUGGUUCUGCUUCUGAAAUCGCUCAAUGUUGAGAAUCUACUCGAGUUUCACUUCAUGGAUCCUCCUCCGCAGGACAAUAUCCUAACAUCAAUGUACCAGCUCUGGGUGCUCGGAGCUUUGGACAAUACUGGUACCCUAACAAACCUUGGAAGAAAGAUGGUUGAGUUUCCACUAGACCCUGCGUUAUCGAAAAUGUUGAUAACAUCGUUAGAUAUGGGAUGCAGUGAUGACGUACUGAUUAUUGUUUCUAUGCUGUCGGUUCCUUCAAUAUUUUACCGGCCUAAAGGACGCGAAGAAGACAGCGAUAAUGCACGAGAAAAGUUCCAGGUUCCUGAGAGUGACCAUUUAACGCUCCUCCAUGUUUACCAACAAUGGAAGGCUAACGAAUAUUCAGCAUCAUGGUGCAACGAACACUUCAUACAUGUGAAGGCCAUGCGCAAGGUAAGAGAAGUCCGUUCGCAGCUUAAAGACAUAAUGUACCAACUGAAGAUGGACAUCAAAUCAUGUGGCUUUGAAUGGGAUCUUAUAAGGAAAUGUAUUUGUUCUGCUUACUUUCAUCAAGCUGCCAGACUAAAGGGCAUCGGUGAAUAUGUGAACUUACGUACAGGUAUGCCUUGCCACCUUCACCCUACAAGCGCCUUAUAUGGAAUGGGGUACAGCCCGGACUAUGUUGUUUACCACGAGCUCAUUAUGACCGCCAGGGAAUAUAUGCAAUGUGUUACAGCUGUGGAUGGAACGUGGCUGGCCGAGCUUGGUCCCAUGUUUUUUUCGGUCAAAGAUUCUACUGCUGCCCGACAGGAGAAACGAGUGAAAACUGAAAAUAAUAAAGAAGCAAUGGAAGAAGAAAUGAAAGAAGCAAGUAAAAAGCUGAAAGACAGGGAGAUCGAAAGACUCCACGUAACACCAUCACCAAGGAGCCAAAUCGCCACCCCAGGCAGGAAGACACCCUCUACACCAAGACGCACCCCAUACAAGUUUGGGCUUUAACUAACGGGAUAGGCCUACCUGGUAUGGAGAAAUCGAUGGUAAAAAGAGUCAAUGCCAAAGCUGGAAAUAUCAUGGAGACUGCAGCUUUUCUAGAUGAUAUCCUUGAUGGCAAAAGUGCAUUCACAUACCACCGGUGGUUUCAGCAAUUAAGCUUCAAAUGGGCACUUCAUUUUGAAGACUAUUUCGGAGGAUCUGGAAGUCUUUGAUAGUCUUUGAUACUUUUAUCUUGUUCUGGACCUUAGUAUUUCCCUACUGAAAAAGUCUGAAGGAGGAACUGGACGCUCGCUUCUUGUGUAAAGACUCUUACGUACAUUUGUAGUUAAAUGAAAAACCAAACUUUGUUACUAUAUUAACAAUAGUACGAGUUCUUUUAAAAAACAAAUUUAAAAACAUCGCAUGUUCUACCUUAGCAAGUGAAAGAAAACAUUAAGUAAGUGUUAUUGUGGAUCUAUAAUGCAUGACGAAAUCCAGAUCUAGUAGGUGUAUGUCCUUUUGAUGCUCUGUUAGACAAUGCCCAACAAGAUCCUUGCAUCAGUAGGCCCUCGUUUGACAUGGAAAGCAAAAAGUUAUUGUAUUUGUGCAUCUAUUUUUUAAUGAAGAAUUGAGCCAUCCACUUGACUAGAAAAGCUUGGAAA